AUGGAGGCAAAGCACAACGAGCGCCCUGAUGGGAAUGGCACCGACGAGGACUCUAUUAAACCUGUUUCUUCCCUCCUCUCCCACUUCGAAAACCUUGCUCACCUUAACCCCAAGUCGCAUCAUCCCACUGCGGCUUCAACCCAUGAAUCCCGCUCCGCCUUCCUAGAAACCCCAAACGUCGUCACUAGUCGUGCUUCUUUAGAUCUCCCACGCCCGGAUCCCUCAAACUGGUCGUCAUCUUCUUCUUCUUCUUCUUCCCAUGCGCGCUCCGCUGCUCACUCCCCUUCGUCGUCCAGAUGGCUUCACACUGCCAGGCACAAUCAUGCUAGUGUUACGGCUACGAACACAGAUGGGUUUCAAGGAAGACGGAUGCCGGCUAGGCCAGUGUCCAUGAAUGUCUCAUCCGCGCAGUGGAAAGCUCCAGUCCUCACUAUAGAUACUCCCCGCACUGCUUCCCAGACCUGUGUCAUUCCCGCCACCGAGAAUCGCAGCAGGGAAAUACGGACGGUCCCGGAACCUCCCCCGCCGCGUAGGCCACCUAGCAGUCAGAGUCGUCCGUCGAGCAGACCAUGUACCCCCGUAACCGAUUCCUCAGGCGUGGUAAUUUGGGCAGAGGGCAGAGCUCGUGAUGCCAAAAACGGCCUCAAAGCUGCGUCUCUCCCACCCCCUGUCAAUAGAGCGGAAAAGCCCAAAAUCCCCGCCACUACCAAAAACACCACCGCUGUUCCUCGUUGGGAGAACGCGAAAUCUCUUGCGCCAGCGUCGGAAAGGAUCUCAGUCGGUGUUGAAGCUUCACCAUUCAGUACCCCUCCAAGUAGUCCAGAAAAAGCUCCCCCGGGUACCAUAGCGACAAACGGCGAUUCCUCAAAUCGCAUUCCCCCGCUCUACUCCACUGCUGAGCGCGGACCUCGCAGAGCUUUCCCCGACCCUACCCCGUUUCGAUAUCCUCGUCGAUCCGCGACUUUCGAGGCUGAGCAUGACGGUUCAUCCGGUCCGAGAAGUGCAACGACGGUAUUAACACGCGACAUUAAACACCCCCCGCCGCCGAUUCCAAUGAAACGGAGUGAGACCGAUCUUUCGGGACGAAGGAGCGCCAGGGACCCCCGGGACAAGCAAUAUACCAGCGAUAAUCUAGAGGAUCGACCGGGCCUGCCACCCCGCGCCCAAGCGCGAAUAUCUCGUCGAGGUGCUCCCUCGCAGACUGGAAUUCAACCGUCUUCUGACCUCGCACCCAGACGCUCCUUUGAUAUCCUCUCCAGAUCAACUAUCACAUCGAAUUUCUCCGUCCGUGUUGGAAGCGAGCAAACCGAUCCACAUUUCCCUCCGCCACCGCAAAGAGACACAGCUGUGCCUGGUGGCCGAAUACAUGCUAACAGCAAGACCCAACCACCCUCUACCCCGACACAGUUUGCACGAUCACCUAUGCGCUCAGUGGAAUGCCUUUCGACACCCCCUGCUUCCAACCAACGUCAGACCAGUAGAUCCACUCGCAUUGAGUCAGAGGAAUCAGAGCCGCCCUUCGACGAUGCGCCAAUCCCUCGUACAGACUACCCUGAUUUUUCUAACACCAAUCGUCGCCCACCGAUAUUCAAAAGUGGAACAAGGAGUAUUCACACCAAGCAUGAUGUGCGAGUUUUUGACGUUUGUGGGAACUAUGCAUGCACGACAGGGUACUUUACUCGAGUCUGGGACCUAGGGAAACUACUUUGGCUGGGAACGAAUGCGGGGGAGAUCCAUGAGGUUGAUAUUCAAACACAGUCGAUUGUUUCGUCGCGGACGUUACCGUCACGGAGAGAAAUUAUCAAGAUCUAUCGGCAUAAAAAGGAACUUUGGACGCUUGACGAUGAGGGCAAACUACUCCUCUGGCCUCCAGAUGAAUCGGGUUCGCCUAAUCUUCAAUACAGCUACAGCCACCCAUACGAUCGAGUUGCGAAGGGCCAUACUUUCUCGAUGGUUGUUGGAGACCUGUUGUGGCUCGCAUCCGGCAAGGAAGUACGGGUUUACCGUCCCAAUUCUAAAGAUGCGGAUUUCCAAGUCCUCAAGGGACCGUUCGGGAAAUCAGAUGCUGGCGAAAUCACGUCGGGCACCACUAGUCCCAAAGACGGUGGCCUCGUUUACCUAGGACAUGCUGAUGGGAAAGUUUCGAUUUACUCUGCGCAGGAUUACUCAUGUCGAGCAACGUUGAACGUGAGCUUAUAUAAAAUCAAUUGCCUGGCGAUGGUUGGUGAUUACCUCUGGGCGGGCUAUAAGACAGGCAUGAUCUAUGUCUACGAUAUUUCUACUUCACCAUGGACCGUUAAGAAGGACUGGCAGGCGCAUGACCAAGCUGUCUGUGGGCUGUUGCUGGAUUCCAGUAGCGUUUGGACUGUUAAUCGAUUGCAAGCUGUUUCGCUUGGGACGGAUAAUUAUAUUCGGCUAUGGGACGCUAUGCUUGAGGACGACUGGCUUGGAGCAACCGUCCCGGGCAAUUUGCGGGAUAGCAAGUUCAUCCGAGACGUUGUCCACCCUGAAAGUCCUCCGGAUAUUUUGGUUUUUGGGUUUCAGGAGCUUGUGGACCUGGAAAACAAAAAAAUUACUGCUAAGAGUAUCCUCAUGAGCAGCAAGAAGAAAGACAGUGCAGAUAAGGAACACAUGAGCCGGCAGUAUCGUGUUUGGAAAGAUUAUCUUGCUUCUUGUAUACAUGAUAUAAUGCCUAUUGAUCAGCCCUACGUCCUCCUCCACACCUCAAACCUCAUCGGUCUAUUCACCUGCGUGUUCGUCAAACAAGAAGAGCGUCAAAGAAUCAGAGGCAUCAGUGCAACGGAGGUGAAGCGCGGCAUGGGCGGGCUGCACGGCAAUAAGGGUGCGCUCGUCUUCCGCUUCAUCCUCGACGAUAGCUCUCUCUGCUUCAUAAACUGCCAUCUGGCAGCCGGCCAAUCCCAAACUACCCAUCGCAACAAUGACAUUGCUGCAAUUCUUGAAAGCAGUUCCCUGCCACCCGAAUCUAGCUACUCGUCACGCAUCGACCUCUUCGUCGGUGGUGGCGAUGGCACUAUGAUCCUUGACCACGAAAUCUGCAUACUAAAUGGCGAUCUAAACUACCGUAUCGAUUCUAUGCCACGCAACACCAUCAUCGAAGCCGUUAAGGCACGCAAUCUUCCCAAACUCCUCGACCGCGACCAACUUCUUGCCUCCCGCCGCAAAAACCCCGGUUUCCGCCUCCGCGCCUUCAACGAGGCACCCAUCACUUUUUCACCGACGUAUAAAUACGACGUUGGCACCGACCAAUAUGAUUCUAGUGAGAAGAAGCGGUCGCCGGCUUGGUGUGAUCGGCUACUUUAUCGGGGCGUUGGGAGGAUCAAACAGCUGGAGUACCGCCGGCAUGAAGUCAAGGUAUCGGAUCAUCGCCCCGUCAGCGGUCUGUUCAAGAUGCGCAUCAAAACUAUCUCCCCAGAAAAAAGGACGAAUGUGUGGGUAACGUGUCAGGAGGAGUUUCGGAAGGAGAAGCGGAGGUUGGCGACGGAUGCUAGGGUUUGCCUGGUAGAAGAUGAGAAGCAGGGAUAUUAA